AUGUUGUUCCUAGAGUGUUAUCACCUUUUGAAGAGUGCCAUAAGGUUUGAAUAUUCCUCUGAAUUGGUUUUCGGGUAUGAAUUUGCCCUCUCCCGUGAGGAAAACAAGUUUUGCGCUAUCAACGUAAAAUCGAGAAGAAUCCGCACGUUGUUUCGUCUAAGAAGCAAGGAUAUUUAUAACUACUUUGCAGGCAAGGUUGACUGUGAAAAAUCAAUGGAAAUUGGUAAUACCUGCAACGGGUUAAUCCUCAUGCUUUAUUCCAAAAGACACGUUCUUUUUAACCCUCUAUCAGACAGAAUAGCGUUUGCAACGCGCAAACUGCCUGAAUGGGGUGGCAGCAGGUGUUGUGGCUUCUUCUACCAUCCUUUUGCAAAAGAAUACCGGCUUCUCCAUGUGACGCAAAUAGGGGAGUCUCGUUACGAGUACCACAUUUACGAAUUCGGGGCCCACAAGUGGAGGACAAUUCUGACUCCCGAGUUUUCUCAUGAUCCCCCUGAAAGGAACGCGCAAUUGGUGGUGACGAAAAGAGCUAUGAUUUGGCGGCAUUUGUCUGGCUUUAUGGUUUUCGACAUAAUUACUGAGAAGCUAUGCCUGAAAGGUUCUCCAUGCUUUAAAGGUUCUCCUCCACCCAUUGAUGAGCCUAAAAUGGUGGCCAAAAGAGGUAAGGACUUGUGUUGCUGUUACGUGCGCUAUGCGGAGACUGUAGUGGACGUUUGGGUUCUGGUGGACUACAAAAAUUGGUUAUGGGAAAGAAAGUAUGCCGUGAAUUUUGAUUGGGAAAAGAAUAGGUGCCCCUCGCAAGCAUGGAGUGCUCACGUUCCUCAAGUGACGCUUAUCACAAAAGUUGUCAGCAUUCAAGGUAAUAUUUUGGUGUUGGAUUUCAAGGGUGCCGGAGAACAACUGCAUUGCUAUGAUUUAAAGUAUAAUGCGUCUUGGACAGUCGACACGACCAAAUUUAAUGGGAAAACCCAAACAACUUGGUAUGGUAGGCGACGACCUCUCGACAAGCAUAUCGUUAGGUAUGGUUUUCUUGGCUUAUAG